AUGGUUAUUAUACCAAACGAAUGUUAUUGUGUAGUAUUUGCUACCAUUGUUGGGUUUGAAACUGAUACAAAAUGGUAUUAUAACUCAUGCAAACAAUGUAACAAAAAGGUUGAUUAUGAAGGAGGUGGAAAGUAUUGGUGUAUCAAAUGCGAUAAACAUGUUAAAUCUGCACCACCAAGAUACAAACUGACGAUAACUGUUGAAGAUGAUAGCGGAAAUGCUACAUUUGUGAUGUUUGAUAGAGAAGUCGUUCAAGUACAAAUAUCAGCCGAAAAUUUGAGAGAAAAGAUAGCUAAGGAUGGUAAAAAUAGUUCAUUUCCGGAUGAACUUGAUGUACUUUUAGAUAGAAAUUUUUUGUUUAGGUUUCAUAUAUCAAACUACAAUAUUGACAAAAAUUGGGAUCACUUUACCGUCCUCCGAAUAAGUGAUGGUGAAGAAUUGAUAAAGUCUUUCUUGGAGGUUAAUAAUGAUAUGGAGGAACGUGAUAUAGAGGUACAAUCCACUGUGACUUCGUCAAUUCCUUUGCAUGAGAAAGAAAAGGAAUCUACUUCUAUUAUCUGUGAUAAUGAAGACACAAAUGAGGGAUUUGUUACUCCAAUGAAAAGACCUCUUGAGGACGUAUCAACUACUGGGAUCGAAAAAAAAUCAGAUUCGGCUCAGCACUCAUCCAACAAGAGGAAAACUUUUAUAAAGAUUGAAAAGGAUGACAAGGCGAACAAAGAUUAA